AUGGACACUGAAAAGGCUCGAGAAUAUCUCAGCAGUAUUCUCAACAAGAACCUUCGCGUGUACACCUCCGAUGGUCGGUUGUUCUGGGGCGCUCUGAAAUGCACCGACCCUGACAAGAAUAUUGUGCUGGCUCACACUUAUGAAUAUCGGCAGCCAUCUUCAAGAGAGCGUGAAAAGGCAGCAGAGAAAGCUGAUGGGGAAACUGUCAAGGUCGACAUGACAUCUCGCUACUUAGGUCUGGUUGUUAUACCCGGGGAGCACAUUGCCAAGAUGGAAGUCGAGGAGUUUGCGAGUCAAAUGAGGAACCAGAAUAUCAUAUAA